GUCCAGUUGGGACUGGGACAGAGGUUGUAGUCCGCUUGGCAGAGAAACAAGUUGACAUCAGAGUCCUGGACGACGGCCCUAGCGGUAAUCCAUCAAAACACCUAGUUAAUUCACACCCGUUAACGACUGAAGUAAAUCUAGCUAUAGUCAAUGCUAUCUAUGAUAGGGCCCGCAGUUUAUUACAAGCACGAUUGCCACGGUUGUGUCGAAGAAGAGGUGUACGGAGUGAUGUGGAGGGUGUCUGCACGCCGGAGUCUACCUGUGCUCAGUAUGCUACAUGGCCAACCAUCAAUGCUCCAUGCGCAUCGAUUCACAUGUAUGAUGGACAGACGACGGGAGAAGUUUCGAGGCUGGGAACGAGCAGAAAUCCCGAAGUAUUCCAGUCAGUGUUCUGUUCUAGGAGAUGAGGUGGUGAGGGGGACUGAAGGGAGAGGGACUACCCAAGAUGGUGGAGUGGGUUAGGACGGGGAAGGUGGGAAGUAUGAAGGAUAAUGAGGGAGGUAGUGAUAUGAGCGGAGUGUGUUGGGUUUGGUGACGGGGGAGAAUGGGAACAAGGAAGAGUAAAAGAGCUGACAAGAGGAGGAAAGGUUGGUGGUGGGUGUAUUGCUCUGGCAGCGGAGGGUUCUAUUAUCUGAACACCUUCUGUACUCUGUCAAGCUGUGAAGCCUCCUAGCUCAGGGGAAUAGUGACUGGGGACAGAAUAAGUGUGAGGUAAUUUGCUGAGUGGACGACCUGAAAUGGCAGAGAGAGAUUGGUAUUGAUGUGGACCAGUCGGGAAGUCAUUGUACUCCUGGAGAAUGGAGGCUCAUUGGUCUACCUGGCAAAUCCCUCGUUCUAAGUCAGAACCAGCGCGCCAACAAGGUGGAUGUGCCGGUGUUUGAGCCGGGUGACGUGGUGAGGAUGAUCUCAGACAUGGCUGAGGUGUACAGACUUCAGCAGGGACACGGAGAGUGGAAUGGCGACAUGGCUCUGUGUCUAGACCAGGUGGGGAAGGUGAUCAAGACUCCAGGAGAGGUGAACGUGUUGGUCAGCAUCGCAGGCUAUCGGUGGACCCUCAACGCCCACUGUCUCCGCCACGCCCCCGGGGAAACCCUCGCUCCUGAAUCUGACUCUAACAUUAGUCUGCCCCUGUUGGGAGGUCUGAGUCUCCUGCUUGAUUCUCUGGGUCCCAGCAUCCUCAUACAUGCCGCCUCCAGGGGAGAUAUCUCCACUGUCAAAACUUUCCUGGAGAGAAAUCCACACCAGGUUAACACACUGGAGCAAGGAAAGACAGCGGUACAUGUGGCUGUGGAGGAGUCCAGACUCAAGGUUCUGGAAGUGGUUCUCAAGUUCAAACCUGACCUAUCAAUAAUGGAUGGAGAUGGAGAUGCACCUCUUCACACUUGUGCCUUUCUUAAUGCCACGGAGGCAGCUCCAAUCUUGUUAGAGGCGGGAGCUGAUGUCAAUGCAAGGAACGGCAAACGCAGCGUCACUCCCAUCAUGAUAGCUGGAGCCGUGGGCCACUAUGAACUGCUGGAGAUAAUGGCCGCACACCACUCAGCAGACGUCAAUAUUCAGGACAGCCAGGGCCAGACAGCUCUGCACCAUGUCCUGUCGUCACAGAGAACGCGAGCCAUUCCAAUCUUGUUGUCGGCCGGAGCGAACCUCACACUCCUCAACUCCAACUUCUUCACCCCACUGAUGGAGGCUGCUGGACACGGCUCUCUCCCUGGUGUGGAAGACAUAGUAAGACAACGUCCUGACCUAAUGGACUGGCAAACAUUAGCUGAUGGUAUCACCCCACUACAAUUGGCCGGCAUUAAGAAUAGACUCUUCAUCGUCCAAUACUUAGCUCUCAGCGGCUGUGAUCUUAACCGCAAGAGUGGGCAGCACCUUCGAACUGCACUACAUGCCACGGUCAUUGAAGGGUACGCGGCCGUCAUUGAGUGCCUAGUUGGGUUUGGCUGUGACAUCAGCUGCAAGGACAGUGAUGGGAACACGGCACUGCACAUUGUGUUUGUCAACAAGAGCGCUCAACCACUCUCUGAUUACACCCCGCAAAUGAACAAGGUCCAUGAGGAGUUGAGUAGACUUCCGCGUCGUGAGUCGGUACCCAGGUACCUGACGUUGGGGUGUUUCCUGAUCAGGGAGGGGGCUGACCCAUGUGCCAGGAACAACCUCGGCCAGACCCCCGCCCAGGCCUGCCCCAGUGACACCAGAGACAUUCUUCUCAACUAUGUCAACAAGAGCAAUCGAGGUGAGUUUCAUGGGAGUCUGAGGAGAGACAGAACCUCUGCUGCCAGCAAAACUGACAACAAACCCAGUGUGCCGAGCAGUUCUCCAAGUAUCAUCUCUGACUCGGCCACAAUAUCUCAGCAGCACAGUAUCGUGGCAGGGAGUGGGGGCUUUAGGGUUAGCGGCAGUCGUCUCGGCGGUGGCCACGGAAGCAUUAUGGAUGCCCAGCAUCAGGAACUAGGAGGAGGUGGAGGAAGUGGAGGAGGAGGGGCAGGAAGACAGAGCCAGAGGGAGAGAGACAGACUACGGUUGCAAGAGACCAAAAGAAAAGAAGUAACGAGUGAGAGCGAGGAGCCACGUAUCCCGAGUGCCGAUGAGAGGGAGCAAAUUAGGAAACACCGACAGGCGUAUUUCUGCCUCACAGGCAGCAAAGAAAAAGGCUACUGUGUCUGCCUCACUGACUACUGGACAAGGAAGUAGGGUGACUGAGAAUCAGCACACGGUAGAAGUGGUGGACACCAAGACAAGGGGACAACAAGCAGCAUCACUUGGUAGCCCAGAUACUGCGGAAAGUAGGCACCAAACUAGUAAAACAGCAGGAGAGUAAGCCACAACCUAGUGAGACUGCCGAAAGUAAGCCAGAAGCAAGAAAAUUGGCUGAAAAUAAAGCAAAGGGGAGUGCGUCCAGGCCAACAUUGAGAAGUAGUGGUGCAAACUCCGUGAAGGAUGACAGUGGGAAAGAACAGAAGAGAAGGGCGAAUGAGAACAGUGAGCAGGUCCAGAGAAAGACAGUUGGCACAGAGGAGAGAAAGAAAGAGAAUAGACAGCAGCAAUACAGUGGUAGUGUUAGUACAGGAAAAGGAACUUCUUUUCAACCACUUACACAGCCUCAAUUUAACGCUAAGGACGGAGCAAGUGCUGCAGUGCCGUGUUUCGUAUGUGAGAGUCCAGCUAACGCAAGGUUCGCUCCAUGUGGGCACAACGUUGCCUGCAAGACCUGUGCCAGUCGAGCAAAGCGCUGUCCCAUUUGUAAGGUAUUGGUAACUGGAGUAUCCUAGGAGAGAAAAUAAUCAAUUCCUGUUGUAAAAUGACAGAAUAAACAUCCUUUGCAUUUUUAGUCACCAGAAAUCCCAAAUUUUAUAGCUAUAUAUUACUCUACGGUUUUUUUUUUAACAAAGAGAGUGUACCUAGUCAUCUGAAUGCGGGAUUUUUUAUAAUGCGUGACGUGUGCUGCACAUACCGCAAUGAUUCUGAACAUCAUUAUAAA